GACGUGUAGAAAUCCCGUUUCACGCGGUGCGUCAUAGACGGGCGAUCAGCUGCAGUGUGUGGUGGUCGGAGACCGGCGGACCAGCAAAGCUGGACACGGGAGUCUCAGCUCGGAGCGGAGGAAGGCGCAUUGGAGUCGAUCGGACCGGACUUUGUCAGCAGAACUGUCAGCUGAACGUGCUGUUUGAGGAUGUCGAGCGACCCACCUCCUCCAUAUCCUGGUGGUCCCAGCGCUCCUUUGAUUGAAGAGAAGAAUGGCCAGCCUCCCAUUUUAGGCUCUGCACCACCAAUGGUAACCCAGCCACAUGGGCACCCCAUCCCGCCAGAGUACGGCCCUCCACCCUAUGAGCCGCCCAUGCAGCCGGGAUUCAUACCGCCACACGUCCCAGGAGAAGGAGGAAUGGGGUACCCGCCAAACACGGGUUACUAUGCUCCACCGGGUCAUUUUCCACAGCCUAUUCCAGGCCAGUAUGCUCCAGGCCCUGGCCCCUACCCAUCUCCUAGCACCCAUGCCACGACAGUGUUUGUGCCCCACGGGGCCGCCACCACAGUUACAGUCCUACAAGGGGAGAUGUUCCAGGCGUCGCCAGUCCAGACGGUGUGCCCCCACUGCCAGCAGGCCAUCACCACCAAGAUCUCCUAUGACUUAGGCCUCAUGAACACGCUCUUCUGUCUCUUCUGCUGCUUUGUCGGGUGUGACCUGGGCUGCUGCCUCAUCCCCUUCGUGAUGGACGACCUCAAAGAUGUGACGCACACCUGCCCCAACUGCAAAGGCUACAUCUACACGUACAAGCGCAUGUGCUAACAGUGGCGCCCUCUAGUGGAAUGUCUUGUCCGAGUAGCCCCUGGGGUAGUCGCGACCUCCGGUUGUCUCUCUCUCCGUGUUUAAUUGUAGCCCCUCUCUGACAAUAUAGUUGCGCUUUUCUCUAGCUGUCCUGUACUAGUCACGUCAAGUCGCUGUGAACGUCUCCCUGGGAACUCCGUUGGUGGUGAAGUGAAGAGGAAUGACAAAAAGGGCUUCAAGUGUUCGGACAGAGUUUUACCGGGACGUUUUACUAGCGGGCAAGUCUCUCUCUCUCUGUUUGUUUUGGUUGUUUUCUUUAAACCCCUCCAAGCGUGUGUCGCAGUCUCUUUGUAGCAGACGGGUCUUGUUUUCCCAGUCAUGAUUUUCACAUUGGUGUCCCUGAAUGGCUGCAGAGUCUCUGGGUGGAAUGAGAGAG